AUGAACCGCAGGGCGUCGCGCGCGUGCGGGCCACAGCACCCGAGCGGCAUGUGUCUCUGCCUGCUGGGUUGGUGGGCGGAGGCGUUCGGAGGAGUGCUGUUCUCUCUCUUUGGAGAUCGUAUGGCUGUUUGGAAGCGGGUUGGAGGAGGUGGUGGUGUUGAGGGUGGUGUGGUCCCUUGGAGGAGGUGGUGUUUGGUUAUGGAGGUGCGUGUGGGAGGUAUCGGGUGGUGGUGUGGAGGAGGUGGUGUGGAUGGAGGGGGUGGGAGAGGUGGUGUUGUGAGGAGGUGGUGUGGAGGAGUGGUGUUGGAGGAGUGGUGUGGGAGGAGGCUGGUGUGGGAGGAGGUGGGUGUUGGAGGGGUGGUGUUGGAGGGUGGUGUUGAGGAGGUGGUGUUGGAGGAGGUGGUGGUUGGAUGAGGUGGUGUUGGAGGAGGUGGUCGUUGGAGGAGGUGUGUUCUGGGGAUGGUAGUGUGUGGAGGAGGUGGUGGAGGGGAUGUGGUGUUGUUUGUGUUGGUUGGUGUGUGGUUAUUUGUGUGUGUGGGAGGAGGUGGUGUUGAGGAGGUGGUGUUGGAUGGAUGGUGUUGGAGUGGAGGUGUUGUUGGAGUGAGAUUUUAUUUCUCUUAUCGUGGCUGCUUGUUUGUGAAACGGCGGUCCGCUGCUGGCUGCACGCGCCUGUUGCUGCUACCCGCUGCCGACCGCCGCUUGCUUGCUGUUUGCCUUGCCUGCCGUGGCGGGCGCACGUUCUUGUCUCGGCUUCUUGGGUUAAUUGCUGCGCCCGUGCCCGCCGCAGCCCUUUCAGAGGCCGACGCCCGUGUAAAAGGGCGCGUCGCCGACGCCGGCGCCUUCGCGUGGCCGAAGGUGGGAGGGGAGGGAGGAAGGUACUGAGACAAGCCGCACGCUUGCGAACUGUGCCACAAGAAAUUCGCGCUGGCCUGCAACCUGCGAGCGCACAUGAAGACGCACGAGGGUGGUGGAGGUUUUCUGAAGAAAGUAGCGGUGAAGGUGCAGGUGAAGGAAGAAGACUUCUUACUCUGUGAUGUUACGAGCAAGUUCUGGCUGAGAAAGGAAUCUGGAGCACUCGUCCUGCACAUGCUGGAGAGAUCCGCAAGCCGCAUACUUGCGAACGGAGAAGAUUGGCAGGAGUCGGCUGUGAAUACAAAGAGGUGUACACUCUUCAACAAGUCGAGACUUGCCCCCGCAACUCGGAACUCGUACAUCGAUUCUCCAACAGCUCGAGACGUCUCGACAAUCUUCGACGAGCUCCACAAGGGUCGGGCGUGCUCCGCGGGCGGAUAG